AUGGCGAACGAAGCGCAAGGGCGCGGAGAAGGAGCCGGUCUCGCGUCCAACUCCUUAGACCUGAGCACGUCUCUCGAGCGCAGCGUGCAAACGCGAAUCUUUAAAAUCAUUGUGAUCGGCGACUCGAACGUGGGCAAGACGUGCUUAGCGUUCCGCUUCACCGGCGGUUCUUUUCCGGCAAAGACGGAGGCCACAAUCGGAGUGGAUUUCAGGGAGAAGGCGGUCGAAAUCGAGGGUGAGAGGAUAAAGGUGCAGGUAUGGGAUACGGCCGGCCAGGAACGCUUCCGCAAAAGCAUGGUGGAGCACUAUUACCGCAAUGUCCACGCUGUUGUCUUUGUCUAUGAUGUCACCAAAAUGGCCUCAUUUGAGAACCUGAAGACAUGGAUCCAGGAGUGCAACGGGCACCGUGUGUCAGCCUCAGUGCCCCGCGUCCUGGUCGGUAACAAGUGCGACCUGGUGGACCAAAUCCAGGUCCCGUCCAACAUGGCGCUUAAGUUUGCUGAUGCGCACAACAUGCUGCUGUUUGAGACAUCUGCUAAAGACCCCAAGGAGAGCCAGAAUGUGGACUCGAUUUUCAUGUGCCUGGCAUGUCGUUUGAAGGCCCAAAAAUCUCUUAUCUAUAGAAAUGUGGAGAGGGAGGAUGGGAGGGUGAGGCUUAACCAAGAACUUAAUCCCAAGACUAGCUGUCCAUGCUGAAGACCUGUGAAGCCUAGAAUAAUCGUAUCCUGUUUUCCACACCAACUGAGACUAAUGUUGAACUGCAAAAAAAAAAAAUGUGCCUGCAACUAAUGACGUUUUACAUUGAGGCUUUGGUUUGUCUAUUUGUCUCUGUGUAGCUUCUCUAAUUUUUCUUGCUAAUCACAUUGUCACCUAGUAACCUUUGUUAUCCACAGACUACAAUGCAAUUUAGUGUUUGAUUUGUUGUACAUGCCUUUUUAACUAACAUUUCAGCAAAUAUUUGGAAAUCGAGAUUUUAGUUCAUAUACCCAGUCAGACACAUAACAUCCAGUUGUAUUCAUUUGUGUUCUACCAUUUAUAUGGAUUCACCUCCCAGCACACAAUCAGCUCGAGAGAUUAUUGCGCGCAAUAAGGCAUACGUAUCAUACCACACAAUUAUUUAUUCAUCUAUUUGCAGUCAUGAAAUGCGUAUAAACGGAUUCAUGGGCCUUAGGUUUUACAUGAGCUGUGUAUUUGAUUGCAGUUGGGGAUUUUUCAUGGCAGCCAUGCAGCUGUUUAAAUGCCUUAAUAAUGGGGCACGUAUUGAUGUCUAACAAGUCUUUGCAUUCACACAAUAGUGGAAAUAGUAGUCAUCUUGAAUAGUUGCAUGUUGUGUUAUCAGAUAUUCUCAAUGAUGAUUACCCUGCAUGCUGAAAGUGUGAGCUGACAUAAGGAAAGAAUAUUGGGAGAGUAAAAGUUAUUGAUAGUUGCAACAAAAUAAGACACUGCCAUUCCACAUCAACGCAUGCAUUGGACUGGAUAAUAUGUGGAGAUAUGAGCAAGAUACAUGCUAACUGUCAGUGUGUUAUGUCACCUCCUAUUUAAUAUUGCAAAAUAUUAAUGGUUCUGAAAGUGUGACCAACCUUUAACAGUCUACGAAUGGCAUAAAAAAAAAUUAUUCCAUCUAAUCCAAACUGUUUCCUAUGUGUCAAACGCUCAAAUUCAUCCAAUUAUUUACUAGAACAUCAGUCAUUUUAGGAAGCAUCCCAGAUGCUAAAACUCCUAGAAUUCAUUAUAACGAGACAGUCAUAUUGUUGGGUUUUUGUUUUUAAGUAUAAGUGUGUCCAAAAAAAAUUUAAAGUGGCCGUGUGUAAUUGUGUCAGCAUACAUCAGUGUUAAGGCUGAGUAAUUAUUUUCUUUACACAUGAAACAAUCGUGUACAAAUGUUACAUGUUAAAAUAAUUGCUCACUGAAAGUUAAAUGUAUUACAUAGUUCUUGUGCCUUCUGCAUAGCUGAGUGUGUUUUAUCCGUGGAACAAUAGUGUAAUCUCUUUUCCAGUGUCUAUUUGUGGUGCAUUAUUUAUGCCGGCUGACCAACCAACUCAAUGUCCAUUACUCAUUAUUAGAAUGAAUUCUAAUCAUUUUCUUUUAAACACUAGUAUUUGGGAUACACUGCAUAUUAUAAAAUUAUUGGUGUUAUGUAAGGAAUAGACCAUUCAAGGCAUGCUUUUAUAGCAAAAUAAUCAACAACAGGGUGGUGUGAUGUGUUACUACACCAAAGCUGAAUAUUUUCCAGUAACAGAACAUCGUGUUUUAUUCCACUUAUACCACAGCAAAUUGCCAAUGAUUAAAUUUGUUUAUUAAUUAAAGAAUUACAUCAUUUAUAGUCAAUGUUAUGGGAUGUCAUUUGUCACUUAAGUUAUAGCAGCUAUAAACAGCCAUUCCCUCACCAGCCUCCUCUGUUUUUUCUUAUACACAUUUAUGUGGAAUUUCCACCAUACAAGUUCCAACUGAUAACAGUAACAGAAAUUCUGUCUGAGCCAUGCUGUUACUGAAAAGUAUUCAACUCAUAAUUUGUAUGAUUUUGUCCUAGGAAGUUUCUCAAACAAUGAUGAGUGUUUCAUGGUCAAAUGAAUGUUCCCAGAUAAAGGUACUGUUGGGCUAGUGUGGACACUAAAACAAGUUCAUUUUGAAGUGCUGGUUGCACUAGUGAUUAUGUAUUCUCAGCCAGACUGUGUUCAGCGGCACUUUGCCAGAUCCUCAUUCAUUCUCCUUUAUAUACUUGUCCAUGCCUUUGUGUUUAUUGUGUGUUCUCUAUGAGGCAGUGUGUUUUUCUUUAUGAUUUGUCAUGUUUUUCAGACAACAGCAUUUGCAACGCGAUGCGUUCCUGUUUCUCUGUCCAGUUCUGAGCUCUAAAUUAAACCUCCAACUAUAUUUAUUAUGUGGUGCUGAUUUCAUGUGACAGAGCUGAAAAGAAAACAUUCAGAUCAGAAAAUUCAUUCAAGAAUGAAUGCAUCCUGGGGUUUAAAAAGUUUGCCCCGAGUCUUUUUGAUGGAAUGAGAGUGAAUAUUACAGUAACAGCCGGGUGUCACCAGGUGGUGCUGUAGUUAAAUUUAUCCCAAAAUAAUUGCAUCUAAUUCACAAAAAAGGCAGUGUUCCACAUUUCAUUUGUUGGCUGUUCUAGUAUAUUGUGUUAAAAUAACUUAAUCUUAUUGAUUUCUUACUGAAUUCCAUAUGCCAUUUGAUUUGAAACACUUGCUGCUUUAAAGUGCUUCUUUAAUGGUCCUAUUCUAUUCUGUACCUAUAAGGUUUUUUUUUAUUUUUAUAAACAAACGCACACAGAGACACACACGA